AUGAAUCCUCCUGCAACGCGUGGUAAUGGUCGUUUCAUCCGUGGUCGCGGGCGAGGUGGAGGUGCGUAUCGUCCGUACUUCUAUUUUCGCCGUAAUGGACGUACAAUUCCUGCUGGAGGACAUGGCGAUGCUAAUGUAGGUGGCUGUGGACGACAACGGAGAAGAGGACAACAAAAUAAUGGCAUUAUACAACUAUCUAACAUGGCCGCAGACUCGAGCUUCCUUCGGCCAGAGUGUUAUUCUGCGCCAAUAGAUGCUAAGCAAACAGUACAAAGUGUGACUGUUGAUAUGCCCUUACAAUGCCCUGGUUGGCAUUUAUAUUUCCAAGAAGAAAAGUAUAGCGAAACUUCCGAUCUUGCAAAACGGAUCGAGGUUAUUGGACAGCAUUAUAUUAAUAAUGCAGGAGUUUAUAAUCUGAAACAAAUACAAUUAGAGAAGUGUUUUAAGUUAGAGGCAAAUCUGGUAUGUGGCGAUAAUUUACUUACAAAUGUGUGGCCUAAUGUAAAAACAGAUAUGCUUGAACGCGCGCAGAGUACUUUGGCCACUUUCGGUGCUGCUAUGCACAAAGUAGUGACUCUGGAUGCUAUUAACAGCUCUCAAAGUCAGCAAAAAAGUACUAAAGAUUGUUAUGUGCCGCGCUGUACUUUACCACGAAAGAUAUUUGUAAGACCGGAAGGUUUUUCAGAGCUGCAUAUUAUGUCACAAAUAGAUAGAUCCAUGGUAGAUAUUAUGUGCAGUGUACGUGGAAGUGUAUCAGCCAUAGGAACAGUUGAAGCAAUGGCCACAUGGAUAGCAUAUAAGUGUUCGCGCUGUGGACAGGAGCAAACACAAAGACAGAAAGGAUAUUCUGUGAUUCGUCCACAAAAGUGCAAAAAAGAAGGAUGUCUAGCUAAAAAGAAGUUCAUAGAGCAACGCUCUUCUCCCUUUACACGUAUCACACCUACACAAAUAGUGCAAAUCCAAGAGAGUAAUAUACAAGCUCCUAUCGACUUAGAUUUCGAGACAUCUGCAUUUCUUGAUAUUGAGCUAAAAUACGAUUUGGUCGACACACUUGUAUGUGGGCAGGAUGUAAUUAUAAACGGCAUAAUUAAAUUGCGAACACUGGAUGCUGACCAGAAUACAUAUCCAAGUACAUCUGAGUCUACGAGCAAAAUUUAUAUGAAAGCUGUUUCAAUAGGUGAUGCCAAAGAUUUAAGACACAAUUUCACCCAACGGGAUAUGGAUGCCAUUGCGAUGAUAAAUUCUGAACCAGACAGUUUUAAACUACUCUCGCACUCUGUGGCGCCAGAACUGCAUGGUGAAGAAUUAAUGAAAGCUGGUGUGCUGCUAUCUCUUUUUGGUGGUGCUGGUUCACAAAUACAUGAAGAGUCGGAAAUUAAUGUACUAUUGGUUGGUGAUCCCGGCAUUGGCAAAUCGCAUUUGUUAGAAAUGGCUGCUAAAGUGUCACAGAAAGGCACAAUUGUUAGUGGUAAACAUCGGUCUCCUACAACACAAACAUUGGCCAGCGCAUUUCAUGGAUCCACUAAUCACAUCCUCAGCUCAGGAGCACUAGCAAAUGCGAACGCUGGUCACUGUGCAAUCGAUGACCUUGAUCGUUUAGCUUCCGAACAAGGUCCUUUGAUGCAAAUAAUGCAAUCAAAAAUGGUUUCACUGCCAUUUCCUAAUUUAUGCUCUACAAUUACAAUGCCUACCUCUGUUAUCGCUGCCGCAAAUUCACUACAUGGUCACUACGAUCAUUCACGUCUGCUCACUGAGAAUACUCGUUUGAGUACAACAUUAUUACAGCAAUUUAACUUAGUGUUUUUGUUAUUGGAUAAAUCCAACAAAGAUUUGGACACUUCAUUAACAGAACACAUUAGAUCAGUACAUGAUGGUGUAAAGAAAAAUACGGCGAUUGCGCAGCGAUUUGAAGUAAAACCAAAAUCAAAUAAUUCCAUAAGCAACAUAAUCGAUGAAGACGAAUUGGAUGACGAGCAUUAUGACUUAAGCAAUCGUUUAAAAUUAAAAAAUCUUAACUAUAAAGAAGAAGAGCUGGAUUUGUUACCGCCUAUUUUGUUAAAAAAAUUCAUAGCUUACGCAAGACAACAUGUGCGCCCAUUAUUAAAUGAUGAAGCUGCUGAAAUGAUUAAAUCCUUUUAUAUGGGUUUACGCGACAAAGAAGGCGACGAACAGACUUGCGCUGUGAAUGUAAGCCAUCUUGAAGGUCUCAUCCGUCUUUCUCAGGCGCGUGCGCGUAUCGAUUUCUCCGCGGAGGUGACCAAACUACAUGUACGUGAUGUUUUAUGCAUUGUACGCCACAGCAUUGCCGAUACGGCGCUAAAUGAUUACAUCGAUAGGAAUCCAGCAACUGCCAGUGCCAAUCAACCAACCAGCCAAAGGGGCUUAGCAAAGAAAUUCAUACAAAUGUUGCAAGCGCGUUCCAAUGCACUGGGUCGACGACUAUUCGAUUACGAUGAGCUGAAAGAUAUGGCAACUCGCGCGGGUAUAACUUGUGGUGUGAGUAAUUUGGUUGAAAGUGUAAAUUUGCAGGGAUAUCUGCUGAAAAAAGGCGUGAAUAUGUAUGAAGUGAUGACGGAUUAAUAAAUCCGGAGCAUCAGUUUAAGUUAAGUUAAACAUUUCCCUAUAAGUAAUUUAAAUUGUAAGCAAUAUUAUUUUAGUUUUAUACAU